UCCCCGUCAACACAACGGACGAUAUGAUUCCGUCCCGUCGUUGUGCCUCGCUCGACUCACCCCUGCUGACUUGUUCUUGUGAAAGCACUCAGCUGCCUAGGAUUGUUUGCCUCACUAGUUAUUAGAGGACAUGGGGGGGUGAGUGGCUGAGGGUUUCCUGAUCAGCCGCCGUGCGUCUCUACAAGUUAUAGUUGGCCAACAGAACAGGCAAUCUCUCUUCACAGCCAGAUGUAAUUGCCUUUUGCGGCGAAUAUGCUCAGCCGCUCCGUCGUGUUCUUGCUGUACCGACGAAUCCUCUCUUGCGCGCCCUCUCAAAGGAUUCAGAUGCGUCUGAGAAUUCCACACCAGGCAGCAGGCCUUAUAACGAAUCAAUAGCAGAGUCCGAAUAACCUUGCAGGGUGCAGCAGGCCAGGUCUCUGAAGCGCGUUAGCGCAGCGGCAGAAGUAGCAGUGGCAGGGAGAAAGGCAGUGGCAGUGGCUGAAGCUGUAUAAGAGGUAGUGGUUGGAGAGGGAUUCAGCGGCAGCAGCAGCAGCAGCAGAAGCAGCAGCAGCAGCAGCAGAAGCAGCAGCAGCAGCAGCAGAAGCAGCAGCAGCAGCAGCAGCAGCAGCACCUUCAGCGGAAGCAAUCAGCAGGAGCAAUCAGCUGGAGCGAGCAUGGCGGGCGUGAUAAACAUGGCGGCGGUGACUCGGCCCGUGGAGGUGGACAACAACCUGUCGCUCCGCGUGUACCUGCGACUCGCCAAGAACCUGCAGCACCUGGCUGACGUGUACCGCUGCGAGGGCAACAAGCUUCAGCUCUAUGUGUUCCUAAUCCGUUUCAUCAGCCUGGUGACGGCCACUAUCCCGCAGCACAAGGAGUACCGCAGCCAGUCGCACCUGCUCGCCCUCACCAGCCUCAAACGGCUAGCCCUGGCAGCGCUGGACGAGUGCGAGCAGCUGAAACCGGACGUGGCUCGCCUCAACGGCGUCAGCCUGCUGUCCUUUGAGGAGGACUACCCACCGGAGGAGGACGGCGUCGUGCCCGUGUACUUCCCCACCUCCCCUCCCCGCCGCCCCUCCUCCUUCGCCUCCUCCUUCGCCUUCUCCUCCUCCCCCUCCCUCUCCUCCACUGCCUUCUUCUCCUCGUUUUCUUCCUUCUCCUCCCCUCCCACCGCCCCUUCCUUGCUCACCUCACGUGCGAGCUGGCCGGGGUAUGCCUAUGGCAGCACAGGCAGCAGCACGGACAGCAGUGCUACUGGCUCUGGUGGUGGUAUUGUAGCCAUGGACAGUGGCAGUGGCUUCUACACCAACGGAAGCUAUGCUAGCAAUGGUGUUAGUGCUGCUCUUGGUGGUUACACUGGUGGUGACUAUAACGGCGGCAGCAGCAGCAGCAGCAGUACUGUGUUGUCUGGAUGCGGAGCGACAGGGGCACUGAGCCUGGGAAUGGAUCUUGACGUCUGGGCUCAGUCCCUGAACCAGCCUUCACAAGAGCAGCAGCAAGCCCUCACUCUCGCCCCUCCCAGCUCCACUUUUUCCUGGUCCAACCCUGCUUUCUCAUCAACCUUCUCGCAGCAGCAGCAGCAGCAGCCUCAGCAGCAGCAGUCAUAUCAGCAGCAGCAGCAGUGGUAUCAGCCUCAGAGCAGCAGCAUGGAUUUGCUAUCCGGGAUAGGUUCUUUAUCCCUCACUACCGCCGCUGCCGCUCUGCCUACCAUAGCGUCUGCUGCUACAAUGGCCUCAUCCAUCGCUCGCCCUCUUACACUGCCAUCCUCCUACACCAUGGCUCUCCCCCAGCCCAGGAGCGAGGCCCUGUCGCGCCACUCCCUCGUUGCCUUCCCGUCCUCCGCUCCUCGCCAACGAGCCUCCGCCCCUGUUCAGGUGUCGUAUCCGACCAAGAUUGACACAUCACCAAUAGAGCUUCCAGACCUGCUACUAUGGCCAGAGAAUCCACAGCAGCAGCAGCAGCAGCAGCAGCAGCAGCAGCAGCAGCAGAAGCAAGGUGCAGCAUCAGCAGCAGCAGCAGCCAACCAGGACACUCGUGAAUCGUCUAGCAAUGUUCGGAGUGAGACAGAGAGAGAUCUUCGAGGAGACACCACAGCAACAGGUGCAGCUUCAGCAUCAACAACAGCACCAACUGUACCAGCAGCACCCGCAGUUGGAACAGCAGCAGCAGCAGCCACAGCAGCAGCAGCAGCCACAGCAGCAGCAACAGAGGCCAUGCAGGCUCUUACAGCUACAAAGGACCCCACUGCUCUUCAACCACCUUCUGAAACCUCCUCUGCUGCUGCUGCUGCUGCUGCUGCUGUGACAGCCAGUGCGGCAGCAGCGGCGGCGGCGGCGGCGGCGGCAGCAGGUGGCGUAGGAGCGAGAGGGAACGAGGCGCAGGUGAAUGGCGGUGUUGGGUUACCCUCCCCUCGAGUCCAGCCCGCCCCGCCCCCUGCUAACGCUCCGCUACAGGAAGUUUCUCUACCAGGCACGGACCCAUCAGAGCACUCCCAUAAGCAUGGGCAUGGGCAUGAGGCGAAGAAGCAAAACCAGCGGCUGCAGCAGCAGCACCAGCAGCAGCUGGUGGUGGGAGGGGCGCUGCCGGAGAGGAGUGCUGGUGGUGCUGCUGCUGUUGGCAAGGGCAGGAAGUCGACAGGGCCCAAGGGAGUGAAGGCCGUGCACAUUUCAACGAGGAUGAUGGAUGAGUUCAUGCGAGUGGUCCUGGACAACACGUCUCGCAACCUCGAGACAUGCGCCGUGCUCGCUGGCUCCCUGAAGAAAGGAAUGUUCUUUGUCACAGCACUUAUCCUGCCAAAGCAGCAUUCUACCUCUGAUUCGUGUUCCACCACCAACGAGGAGGAGAUAUUUGAGGCACAGGACAAGCUGGGUCUCUUCCAACUCGGAUGGAUACAUACUCAUCCGACGCAGUCCUGCUUCAUGUCAUCAAUUGACGUGCACACCCAUUACUCCUACCAGGUGAUGCUUCCGGAGGCCAUUGCCAUUGUCAUGGCUCCCAUGGAUCCCAGACGCAAGUUUGGCAUAUUCCGUCUGACAGACCCAGGGGGCAUGAAGGUCAUCCAGAAGUGCCCUCUGCGCGGCUUCCACUCCCAUGAGCAACCCAAAGACGGUAGUCCCAUUUAUACACAUAGCUCACACGUAUUUUUCAACCCGAAGAUCAAGUUUGAUGUGGUCGAUCUACGCUAACUAGAUAGACCUACACAGCAGUACGUUGGAGAUGCUAUCACGUUCCGAGCAUGUUACAGAUUUUGUAUGUGUUAUAUAUUGUAGGCAUGUCAUAGUUGCAGGUUGGUAAUGGAGUUAUUGAGCGCGUGU